AUGAGCGGGGCCGGAGCGGCGCCGGGGGUGGCGGACGCGGUCCGGGGGCUGCGGGUGGACGGGCUGCCCCCGCUGCCCAAGAGCCUGAGCGGGCUGCUGCACUCGGCGUCGGGCGGCGGCGCGUCGGGGGGCUGGCGGCACCUGGAGCGGCUGUACGCGCAGAAGUCGCGCAUCCAGGACGAGCUGAACCGCGGGGGCGCGAGUGGCGGCGGGGCCCGGGCCGCGGGGCUGCCCGCCAAGCCUCCCAACCUGGACGCCGCGCUGGCCCUGCUCCGCAAGGAGAUGGUUGGCCUCCGACAGCUGGACAUGUCCUUGCUCUGCCAACUUUACAGCCUCUACGAGUCCAUUCAGGAAUAUAAGGGAGCAUGCCAGGCGGCAUCCAGCCCGGACUGCACUUAUGCUCUGGAGAAUGGCUUCUUCGACGACGAGGAGGAAUAUUUCCAGGAGCACAGCGCCCUCCACGAUGGGGGGGAACGGGGCCCCCCAAGGGACCUGUCGCCGCCUGUCUCCUCGCUCUCCAGCAGCGACUGGAUUCUGGAGUCCAUCUAG